AUGUCGCAUCCGCCGCGGGACUACUACAAGGUGCUUGGUGUCGAGAAGACUGCUUCCGAUGCGGACAUCAAGAAGGCCUAUCGCAAGCUGGCACUCCAAUGCCAUCCAGACAAGAAUGCUGGCGACAAGCAGGCCGAGGAGAAGUUCAAGGAGCUGGCAGAGGCAUAUGCCACGCUGAGCAACGCCGAGAAGCGCCGCCGCUACGAUUGCGAGGCGGCGAGGCAUUGUGGCACGAAGAGCGGCGACUCUGCCUUUCAAUGGUGGGGCAAGAAGCCCGGCGAGGGCCCAGGAAAUCCUUUCGCCAAGCCGAGCUGGGGUGCUGCCCAGGCCCAGGAGAGAGAGACGGUCCACGGCGGCUACAGUCAUGGCCCAGAUAUCGGCCCUUUUCUUCGGAGGGGCUUCACGUUGCAAGAGGCCACGGGUCUUUUUCAGAGCCUCUUCGGUGGCGACCCUUUCGAUGACUUCAUUGAUGCGAAAGCUCAACAGCCAUUCGAAUGGAGAGGACUGGGACAGCGCGCGUCCAUAUCCAGUGACAAGAAGUCAUGGGAUGUCAAGAUCACGCGUAUCAAGCGGCCAGAUGGCACAGUCCUCAUUGAGCGCACAGACUCUUCGGGCACUACCCAGACGGUAGAAGCAGGACACACUGGUCCACACAGUGGUCCACACGGUGCCAAUGCAGCCGCUGCAACGCCUCCUCGUGAUGCAGGGCCGUGUUUCAGGAGAUCCGGCUCUGGUCGUACCGGCCAGGAGAAGGAGAUGCUGAGACUCUCGCCUGCCGGUGCGGCUAGCCACGUGGUUCCAUUACUGUAG